AUGUCCAACGGCUUCCUUUUAGUGAAAGAUUCCCGCACUACUCAAGAAUAUAGGGCCCCAAUACAGCGAAUCUCGGUCAUUGCAACAGCUUUCAAAGAUAUCAAAGCUCCCCAAUCUAGUGGGAAUAGAGCAGAUAAAGCAGGCAGUGGGUUGAGAGUGCAUGACCCCGGCCUCUUCAAUACAACAGUGAUGGAAACAGGUACGAAAUACCCAAAACCUGUACAGAAGGAAUCUUUACGCAGGGCAUUACUAGCGGCUAUGCUAGAGGUUCCCAAAACUGUUUUCGAAAUAGUGUCGACCUUUCCGUAA